CGCCCGGGGUACUUCUAAUCCUGUAUCGAUGUUCAUCACCCCUGGAAAUAGUAGUAGUGCUCUUCCCCUGAGGUUUAACAUCUCAGAAGUGGGAUGGAGGGAACUCACGGGUCCUACUUGUAUGGAUUGGGAAGAAAGCGAAAAACUGACUCGUCUAAUACAAACAUGGCCGAAAAGGAAAUUAUUUUUUUUCUGAUCUCGAUCGCGAUGAUUUUAUUUUCCCACAACACAGAAGUCGUGGUCGUAUCACGCAUAUGGAGGCGGAAAUAAUUCCGAAAUUUGACCCUGGACUUAAAACGGCAAACGUCAAGGGAUGGGUACAUAAGAACGAACAACUUGCCGACGUGCACGAAUGGGACGACUGCGAUAACAUUUUCAUUAUUUGUUUGAUACGAGGUCUCCCUGUAGAAAUUCGUGCAAAAUCGAAAGCAUACAGUUGCGAAGAGCCAGAAGGGUUGUACUACGGAUUCUUGUCGUCUCUCAAGAACUAUAAGACAGUGGAGAGCGUCAAGAAGUAUAAGACAGUGGAGCGAGUACACCAGGAAGGAAGAGUAAGCACACCAGGCGCAAAAUCAACGUGGCAACGAGGAUCAUCAACGAAUACCUUGCCGAAGAUUUGCUACAACUGCCGCAAAACUGGACACGAACCUCGAGAAUGCCGUUGGACCAGGUGUCAAAUUUGUCAGCGUAUGGGGCACACUGCGAGCGUAUGCUGGUGCGCCACUGCAGCAUCUACGCCGCGAGAGGCGAACGCUACGAUGUCUCUGCUAGGCCCGCCACAAACGCAGCUGUCGAUGUCGGCCCCGCGUCAAUACUUACAGGUAAACAAUGUAUAUUUCACUACAUGAGUUAAUAACCAAUAUAUAUAUAUAAAGGAAGUUGAAAUAAACGAUUGUAAGGCUAUAUCGUACUUAAAUACUGGCAGUAAAAUCAAUAUAAUAAAUUCAAAUAUUGUUAAUAAAUUACGAUUACAAAUCUUGCCAUCAAAUGUUAUGUUACGAGGUUUUGGUGGAUCCAAUGUCUCCUCAUUUGGGAAAAUAAAUUUUAGGCUUCAUAUUGACGAUUUGUAUCUCAAUACUUGUGCAGAAGUGACAAACACAAAUCUCCAAAACCUUGAUUUAAUUGUAGGAAUACCUGUGAUUAAUCAACCGAAUGUGAGCCUUAUUACAACGUCAAAGUCAGCUACUUUAGUUAGAUACGAUGACGUCAUACCUGAGUUAAGUAAUAUUCACUUGCAAAGUACUGAUUUCUCGCUAAAAGUAUCUUUGUUUGCGACCGACAACGUGAGUAUCCCCGCUGGUGCUAGUGUUGACGUGAAAGUGUAUACACAACAACAUGUUCCUGACGGCGCGGUAUUAGUACCGCGGCCAGUGAUUUUCUCUUUGGGCGGGUUAUCUUAUUUUAUUCCUCAAGCGAUACUCGAGUCCGGUCUUUAUCAGUUACGCUUUAUCAAUUUCGG